AUGGCCACUCCAGAUGCCGACGAAAUGGAGCAAUUCCAACGCCUGUCCGACCAAUAUCAAGCGAACCUGCCGGGUCCUUUGAUAGGUGACAAAAGAAGCCUAUCUGAACUUGUGACGGAAUACGCCCAGGCGGAUCCCACUUAUGUUCUCAAAACCACUGCGCUUGCAGCAACUCAUUCCGCAUAUCGUCCAAUCAAAGGCGAUGGUCAGUGUGGUUGGCGUGGUGUUGUCUUCGCUUACUUUGAAAUCCUCCUCAAAUCGGGCGACCUUGACUUGAUUGUACAAGAAAAGGUUCGCUUACAGAGCUUUGAGCAGACCAUGCGAGCUGUCGGGAUUGACUACGACAUCAUUGUUGAUAUGUUUGAAUACACCUGGGAGCUGUUCGACGACAUUCACAAUGCCAUUGGACGUGGCGACCGCUCCGAAGCGGUGCUCCUCGAGACCAUGAAUGAUGAGAACAAGUCCAAUUCCAUCGUCUAUCACAUCAAGAUGAUGACCAGCUCAUUCAUGCAACUCCAACCUGAUCGCUACGAGCCUUUUCUCGAAACACCGAUUGCUGAAUAUCGCCUGACUCGAAUCGAUCCGGCGAAUCAAGAAAUCGAUCACAUUGGCUUACAAGCGUUGACCGAUGCCGUGGUCGCUCCAGCUUGUAUUGCAGUUGAAGUUUCGUAUCUUGACAGAAGCACCGGGGAUGAAGUUACUCCACACUCGUUUGUACUCGAAUCUCAGGACUGGCCAGCCAUUCGUCUGAUCUACCGCCCUGGUCAUUACGACCUCAUCUACAAGGACGAUAAGCCAAUACAAGUAUUCUUGCAAACCCACAAUCCCCCGUAUGUGUCAACAUACGCCACAGAAGAGUUUCAAGGAGACGAAGAAUCCUUAAACAUGACCUCGUACUUGUUUCCCGGAUCCAAUGAUUUGACCUUCCAUGGCGUGCCAGCUACCACAUAUCCCUCCAACAACAUGACACUAAGCAUCAACCACAAACAACCUAGUCACAUACCUUUUCCAACCACAACCAUGGCACAACCAUCCUACUUCUCGCCCGCCUUACAGCCCACUUGCCACCGACAGCAGCCGAUAAGAUCGCAAUCUUUACCAUCCUACUAUUACUCUGGUCCUGUGUCUCAGGCUCAAACACAAUACCCGUCCUCACCCCAGAGUCCGCAGUCACCAUCACCUAUCACUCCGAAUGGGAAUUUCGCCGCUCCCAAAUCGAGUAAAGGCAGAGAACCGCAGAUUCGGAUGAAUGAGAACUGUUUCAAGUACGAAGUUCGGAGGCAUGAGACAAUUCCGCUGGACCCUGGAUCGUUUGGCACUUCGGCCUUGAGUCAGGCUCAUUUCACCAAUUCUGAUUUCCAGCCACAGAUGUGGAAUGCAGAACAAGAAUAUGGACGGCAUGAUUCUUGA